GUUCGAGGCAUACAGGUUAGCCAUUAGCUGCUUUUCAAAACAAAGGAAUAAUACGGCGGUUGCUUGUCGGUUUGGCCAGGCGAACCUCAGCAACAACUACAUCUGGGAUCUCUGAAGUUUGUCCAGGUCCCUGGAUGCCCCGCGGCGCACCGUCCUCGGCCGCGCAGUGCUUCCCAAUGGCCGGGAGUUGACCCCGUCCGUCAGGAUGACGCUGCGCGAGCAGCUAAGAGAGAAGAUCUCGGCUGCCUUCUACCGCCACGGCCUGCUGUGUGCCUCCUACCCAGUACCCAUCAUCCUCUUCACCUCCGCCAGCAUCCUCACCUGCUGCUAUCCGUUAUUGAGGCUUCCCCUGCCUGGGACAGGUCCUGUGGAGUUCACCACAGGGGUGCGUGACUACAGCGUCCCUUCCCAUGAGCCUCAAGGAGACCUCGGAGAACGGCCCGACUGGUACCGGGGUCCUCCGGUUGCCUACAUCCAGCAGGUGUUGGUAAAGGCGGCGGUGUCACCGUGGGACAGCAGUCUUGUGCCGGUGGACGUGUUUCGGUCACCGCUGGGUCGAGCCUUUAGCCUGCUGGAAGAGAUCCGCAACCACGUUCACUCCGACAGCUCUGGGCUUCGCAGUCUGGAGACGCUGUGUCUCCAGGUGACAGACCUGUUUCCAGGGUUACGGCGCAUGCAGUCUGUGCUGCCAGAGCACGGCUGCCUGCUCGUCUCUCCUGGUAACUACUGGCAGAACCAGCGGGAGCUGUUUGACUCAGACCCCGACCUCCUCAAGACCAUCCAGAAACAUGAACCGAAAGGCCUGCACACUUCGGCCACGCUGCGAGACCUGCUGUUUGGCGUCCCUGGGAAGUACACUGGGGUCAGUCACUACAACAGGAAGAGGGUUGUGACGUACACAAUCACUGUAGUGCUGUCCAGCUACGAUGCAAGAUUCCUGGACAGCCUGCGGGCCCGUCUGAAGCAGCUCCACCCGUCAGCUAACUGCAGCCUGAGAGACGACCACAUGGUUCAUGUCCACUUCAAAGAGGAGAUCGGCAUCGCUGAGCUCAUCCCCCUUGUCACCACAUACAUCAUCCUUUUUGCCUACAUCUACUUCUCCACACGUAAGAUUGACAUGGUGAAAUCUAAGUGGGGUCUGGCUCUGGCUGCUGUGGUCACAGUCCUCAGCUCUCUGCUCAUGUCGGUGGGACUGUGUACACUGUUUGGACUGACACCCACGCUCAAUGGAGGGGAGAUUUUUCCUUAUCUGGUGGUGGUAAUCGGCCUGGAGAACGUCUUGGUCCUCACCAAGUCUGUGGUGUCCACCCCCGUCGACCUCGAGGUCAAACUUCGCAUCGCUCAGGGCCUUAGUAAUGAGAGCUGGUCUAUCAUGAAGAACAUGGCCACUGAACUGUGCAUCAUCCUCAUUGGAUAUUUCACCCUGGUGCCAGCUAUCCAGGAGUUCUGUCUGUUUGCUGUUGUGGGGCUGGUGUCUGACUUCUUCCUGCAGAUGUUCUUCUUCACCACAGUACUAUCUAUUGACAUACGACGCAUGGAGCUGGCCGACUUGAACCGCCGCCUGCCAGCCGAAGCAGGACUACCUCCGCCCAAGAAUGGCCCGCUACGAACACGCGAGGUCCCCCCUCCCCCACGACCCUCCCCCCACACAAUUACCCUGCAGACCCCGGCCUUCAGGAACCUGAGGCUUCCAAAAAGACUGCGUGUGGUGUACUUCCUGGCCCGCACACGCCUUGCUCAGCGCAUUAUCAUGGUUGGCACGGUUAUCUGGAUCGGCAUCCUCGUCUACACCGACCCGGCUGGAAUACGCACCUACCUAGCUGCACAGGUGUCCGAGCAAAGCCCUCUGGGAGAUCCCGGAGGAGGUGGUCUGCCCCCUCACCUGGGGGUGGCCCCCGUCUUCCGUGGAGUAGAUCCUACCAGCACCCUCAGCAUCCACGCUGCACCAGAUCCAACACCCUUACCUGAGAACCAAUCACAGGGCCACGAUGGCUCAGCCAGAGUGGGGCCCCACCCCCAGGCUCCGCCUGCUGUGCCCCAGAUCACCUGGGGGGCAGAGGAUGAGGAGGGCUGGAGGAGGCUCUCCUUCAGGCACUGGCCAUCGCUCUUCAGUUACUACAACAUCACUCUAGCCAAGAGGUACAUAAGCAUCCUGCCUGUCAUUCCUGUCACCGUUCACUUGAGCCCUCAGGAGGCCAUUGAGACACGUCACCCUCAAGACACAAGACACCCCCCUCCACCCAUCCCCAAAGUUCCAGAUCUACAGACAGACCUCACCCUCUACAAGGUUGCAGCUCUUGGCCUGGCGGCGGGCGUCCUGCUGGUUCUGCUGCUCUUCUGUCUCUAUCGGGUUCUCUGCCCACGUAACUACGGCCAGAACGGUGUCGCUCAUGGGCGCCGGCGCCGAGGGGACCUGCCCUGCGACGAUUACGGUUACUCACCACCCAUCAGCGAGAUCUCCCCGCUGCUGCUGAGGGGCCACAGUAUGGACAUUGAGUGUUUGGCCAGUGACGGGAUGCUGCUGGCUAGCUGUUGCCUGGCAGGACAGAUUCGGGUUUGGGAUGCCCAGACUGGAGACUGUUUGACUGUGAUCCCAAACCAAGGGCUCAGACGGAGCAGCAGUGGCUGCUGGGAGCAGCGGGAUGGCUGGGACAGCGUGAGCGGAGCUGCAGAGUCCGAGUGUUUUGGCACUGAAGCUCGCAGCUCCUCCAUCAAUGGUGACGGCCUAUCAGAAGAAGAAGGCUACCCGCUGAGACGCCGCACAGCUCGGCCGACUCUAUUCACCGAUCAGCCCGAUCUCACCCCGCUCAUUGACACCAACUUCACCUCCCAGCCCCCCUCUCACCUCUCCACCCCACCCAAAGGAGGAUUCGACUUUGGAGGUCUGGUGGAGCGCGCCUACAUGGAGCACGAGCCCCCCUCACCCUCCACAUACCCCUCUACUUCCUCUGCCUCCUCCUCGCCACCCUCAGGAUCUCAGCUCCAGAGAAGACCAAGUUUAGGGGAUGCAGCCGUCUUCUUAACCCAAGAGAAGGCUUCCACAUCAACGCAGGCGACAGCAGACUGGGAAAGCUCUGUCUGGGCCAUGGAGCUGAGAGGAAAUCUGAUAGCUGCUGGGAGGAGCAGCGGUAAACUGGAGUUGUGGGAUGCAGCGGAAGGAUCGUUGCGCUGCAGUAAUGAAGAUGGAGUCUCUGGUAUCACAGCUCUAGCCUUCCUCAACAACAGAAUCGUAGCGGCUCGGCUAAACGGGUCUCUGGAUUUCUUCACUGUUGAGAUAAACAAACCUCUGGGUCUGCUGCAGUACAGAGGUGCCCCUGGGCGAGGCAGCAUGCCUCCCUCUCCCUGUUACAGCAGCGAGGACGUGAUCAGCUGCCAGCUCACGCGCUCAGUACAGUGCGCUCAUCACAAGCCAAUCACGGUGCUGCGAGCGGCCGCCGGGAGGGUUGUCACCGGUAGCCAGGACCACACUGUUCGGAUUUAUCGUCUAGAAGACUCGUGUUGCCUCUUCACCCUGCAGGGUCACUCUGGAGGGAUCACAGCCAUCUACAUAGACCAGACGAUGGUUCUGGCGAGCGGCGGCCAGGACGGCGCCAUCUGUCUGUGGGACGUCCUGACAGGGAGCCGAGUCAGCCACGUUUAUGGUCACCGUGGCGACGUCACCUCACUGGUCUGCACCACCUCUUGUGUCAUCAGCUCUGGGCUGGAUGACCUCAUCUGUAUCUGGGACCGCAGCACCGGGAUCAAGCUCUACUCCAUACAGCAGGAGGUGGGUUGCGGGGCCAGUCUGGGAGUGAUCUCGGAGUCUCUCCUGGUGACGGGGGGCCAGGGCUGCGUCUCCUUCUGGGACCUAAACUUCGGUGACCUGCUGCAGACAGUCUACCUGGGCCAGAGCAGCGACGGCCAGGGCGUCCGGCAGCUACUGGUGCUCGACAACGCCGCCAUCAUCUGCGACUUCGGCAGCGAGCUCAGCCUGGUGUACGUGCCCUCGGUGCUGGAGAAACUAGACUGAGGAGAGACUGAUGGACGGUCACAGCAGUUGAUGUCGGUGGGAGCACUCGUUGGGGGAAAAAAACACAAAAAAUACAAACAUUCACUCAGAACAUCUUUUUCCUCUUCCUCAUUUUGACUUAACAGGGUUUUUUUUUUUUUUUUGCUUUCUUUUGUUGUUUCUGACCCCCAAAGGAGAGACUAUCAUUAGACUGGUUUUAAUGUGCAUACAAGGCUAUUUUUAUUUUAAGUACAAGCCUGGAUGUAAAGAGACGGGAGAAAAAAGCUGAGGACUGAUUGUGCAACCUGCUGCAUUUUAUCGGAGAGGGGUGACAGACCCUCAAUAACGAAGUGUUGACAUUUACGAGGGUCAUGAGGUUCGUUCAAGAAAAGCCAGAUUUUCCUCGCUUAAAGAGGACCCACCAGUCACCGGUCUGUGCUUUUUUUGUGUGUUUGUGUGUGUGUGUGUGUGUGUGUGUGUGUUUCGUUUUGUGGCUCUGCCCUCUAUGCUGCUGAUACGGGUGAGGCUUCACAGUGAUCCCACCCAGAGAGGAAGAUGAAACGGACUCCUUAUUUUUUCAUAUUCCUGCUGCCUCUUUAGCUUGACAGCGAUGUGCAGCCACAGCGAGCUCGGCGGGUCUACAGCCUGUUGGGAUGAGCUGCGCAAUUCUACGUAACUGUGUGUGUGUGUGUGUGUGUUGGAGACUGAAUGAAUGAAUCUAGGCCCUUUUUUAUGGCAAAACUGCUGAGAAACAAAAAAUGACUGGUUGUGUGUGAAAUGUGUGCCUGCGAGACUGUGUGUGAGGGAGAACUGAUGAUUACUGUAUCAAGUAAACCUCCAGAGGGGGCUGUUUUUAUAUGUAUAAAUCUAUUAUUUAUUAGCGAUACAUUUUUGAAUAACAGUUUGUUUAUGAAUGGCUAAUCCUGGCUCUUAAACCAGAAUAUAAUCGGGAAAUAAUGACAUAAAUGUAAGAUGGUGAUUAUUUGUUUGGCAGGAUAGGGGCAUCGGUUACAAAACCAUUAUUUGUCAUAUUGAACUGGAAACACUGAAGUGGCGUUAUGGAGUGGGGGCUGUGGGAGAAAAGGUGAGGAACCUUUUAUCCCAGCCUCAGCCUCUGAUUCUAGGGUUACUGAUGCUAGACGAGGGCCCCCUGUGUGCUAUACCUUCAUCAGGCUACCUCCAUUUUCCAAACUGCUUGAAUUUUAGAUUACUGACGUCAUGUUUACAUUGGCUGUCUUAUUUUUUUUUAUAAAUUGUGCCCUUUAGAGAUUUUUUUUAAUUCACUGUUUACUGUACCUGGUUCAGCUUAAACAGUUCCCAGGAUUUUCAUUUUGGCCCCCCAACAACAAAACUUUUUGCACUGCGUCCAAUAGUACAGCUUGCCAUGUUGAUGCAAACUUAGUCUUAAAACUUCUUUCUUCAUCCAGUCAGUGAAAAUUUGAAGUGUGAUAAAAAGAGAGUUAAAAUAUAUAACCAACAGCACUUCUCAUUUAGAGACUCCAAACCAUAUGAAGACUCUCUCUUUUAAAAACUUUGCUCUGUUUUUUUUGCCCCUAUAAGCUAAUAUUACAUAACAAUAUACACACAGAUGCUAUUGUUCAUUGUUUUUAGGAUGUGCCCACAGUUUCUGUGCUCCCACAAUGACAAUUGUCUUAUUCACUGUGACUGCAGAAUUUUGAUUACUCAUAGAUCUUUAUCAGGCACAAAGCAUUUCACAAGCUUCACAUUAAAUACAUGCCAGUAAACAACAGGUAUCGAUUCUUAUAAGAAAUUUGCUGCAACCCAAGGCAGCUAUGUACUCUGCCACAGUCAAGAACAAUUGGAAGGUGAAGGAUUACAUGUUGCUUUUUGCGAUUGGUAUAUAUCGUGACACUUGUGGAAAUGCUUUGCACCUGAGUGCUGGUUCUACCUUUUUAUUUAUUUUUUUUAUUUUUUUUGCUUGCUCUUAAAUUACAUUGGUUUGUUUUAAAAUUCAAUGAGCAGAGCCAAAGAAUACACUGAUAUUGUGCUGUGUAAUUCUGUAAUUCAGCAGGGUGGUUAUAAAAAGCCAACCACCUCUGUGGUCCAAAAAUGUUUGGACUGACUAGUUUUAUAGAAGAGCUCUUCCUGAAGUUAAUGCUUUCACAGUCACAAUUUUGGGACAUCUAACCCCUUGUUUGGCUUUCCCUACUAGUCGCUGCCUGAACUUCACCUCUUUUCUCUGGAUACCUGCUGACCCACAUCCCUGCCUGACACCAACAACAUACAGAAUGUAUUUUCUCUAAAUCAUCCACCAUCUACUGUAUCUGCGUCAACUGAAUGUAGUCCCAGAAGGUGUGAUUAAGAAACCCGUUAAAAAUCAGCGACUACAUCUAUUCCAGUAUCGCACCGCAACACUAAUUCAAUGCACUACUAACUCUCUCUGACGCACAUGCUCACACACGUUAGGCACUUUUACUCAACUUAAAUACAGGAGAUGUUGACAUAGCUAGACUUGCAAAAUUGAGUUUACACCAUGGAUGUCUAAUAAGACCUAGACACGGCGCCUCCGCUCAGCCUUGCUUCCAAUUUAUUCCAGUAGCCAUGCAUAUUGCAGGAGAAAGCAUUCUGCUAUAGACCACCUUUAUAAAAAAGAGAUGUCUGUAAAACUGUGGACAGGAACAUCACAAACAAGGUCAAUUGUGGGUUUUUUUGGUUUAAUACUUUCCUCAAGCCAAGUAAUGCAAUUUUAAAAUCUGUCUCUCCAUGUGGGAGAACCCCCAGAAGAAAACCCGGAAGCUAGAAACUUUUUAGGCGUUUUCGCCAGGCGAGCAGUUCCAGGUCUUAUUAUACAUCCAUGGUUCACACCUGCAGCACUUGUAAACACGCAUAGUGCAGACAUGUCAAAUUAGCAGCUAACAGGUCUGGUUUCACCGGGAUGCAGCAACCAAGUUCUGCAUGAAACGAGUGGUUUAUGACAACUGUUGACCUUCAGUGUCAUUAUUUACAUUAAAAUUGAAACUUAAAGAGACACCUGUUUUCCAAAUCCCUCAGAAAUCAGACUUGUGACCGCUUUGGCAGUGUAAGCUGUUAAUUUAUUAGCUUUGUGUUUUAGUUGAAAAUGGGAAGAUGAUGUUUUAAAUUUUUUUUUUUUUUUUUUACUUCUGUUUUCUAGCAAUGUGAAUUUGAGUUAAAGCAAAAGUUGGACAUUUUGGGAAGUAUGCUUAACGUUAUUUGCUUUCUGGCAUUCUUAACAUUUAAUAUUAGCUAAUGGUUAAUUUACAGAUAGCAGCCGGUUAGGUUACAGAAGCACAAAGACUAGAAAGCCACGUUCCUGGCUCUGUCCUAUUGUGACAAAAUCAACCUACCGGCAACUUUAAAGAUAACAAAUUAGUGAAGUGUAAAAAAAAUCACAGUUUGCCUUUAAUGGAGGAUUUUGUGAUGAACUGUUUCUUAACAGACAUAUACGAGAGAAUAGUAUUUAUCUUAUCGCUCUGCCAGAAAGCAAAUAAAAGUAUUAACCAAAAUGUCAAACUUUUUAUCUUUAAAGUAGGAGGAAGGAUUGGUGUGGCAAUUACAAUUUAAUCUCAGCUUCUUUUGAAUGUUUUGGUUCAUCAUUAAGGACUUGGCCUUGCAACAGUCCAUAUCCAAUAGACAUUAGACAGUUGAUGAAUACGGUUCUGCCCAAUUUGUUUCAGUAAACCAUGCUUGUUAUUGCUGUUCAGCUUCAAACAUACCAUACCCUGGUUGCUUUCAUUCAUCCGGCUGUCAGUGUACCAUAUCAAAAGUGUAUCGAUGCAGCCAUGACAUCCUUUUAUCCUUUAAGUUGUUAAAGCAGAAAAAGGAUGAUUUCCUUCGGCAGCAUCCUCACAACAACGGCAGAACAUUUAACGCUUUGUGGUCCACAUCUGAUUCCCAGGCAGCUGCCUAAACAAGUAGAAAUCAGAUUUUAUAUCAUUUAACACUGUUUAGACAGCUUUCAGGAAAGUCUGAGCUGCUGGAGGAAACUAAAAUCUGUAACAGUAAAGUCUAUAAAUCCCUAGGUCUGCUCCCCCACCCCUAGCCUCCUCCCUUCAUUGGCUGGCUACAAUCUAAGCAGGCUGUAAUAGUGGAGGUAACUUAUUUACUAUUUUUUAACACAAAAAAGAUCGAGACUUUUUACUAAUUUUCAAAUAAAGAGGCUUUGAUACCACAACA